AUGCGACUCAUCACUCUUGUUGUUCUGACUCUUUUAUCGAGUUACGGAGUUUCCGCAAAUGUUCUGGGCAUUGACUUUGGGUCCGACUACAUUGAGGUUGCAGGACCCCACAACGGUAACAAUGUUGAUAUUGUGCUCAACGAGCAAUCCCAUCGGAAAACGGACAACUACAUCGGAUUCAAAAAUGGAGAACGAUAUAUUGGAGACCAGGCGAAGGCAUUGGCAGCUCGUUUUCCUUUAAAUAUGGUGACGAUGAUUAAUCGGAUGAUAGGGAUUUCAUAUAAUUCUACUGAAUUUUCUGAUUUCAGGAAUUUAAACUUUGAGUUUGAAACUCGCCCCGAAGAGAGAAACACGGUUGGGUUUUCUUUUCCUCAAGACGGAAGUUACACUGUGGAGGAACUAUAUGCCAUGAUGCUUCGCUACUGCCAAAGUAUUUCAGAAAAAGACGGCGUAGUGGAUCCCAAAAGUGUCGUUAUUACAAUACCAUUUCACUCUUCGCUGGGGCGGCGACAGGCUAUAUUGGAAGCAGCACGUCUAGUUGGAGCAGAUGUUUUGGGUUUAAUGCAUAGUACUACAGCAGCUGCCUUAUAUUAUGGUAUCCGAAGACGAGGUUUGGGAAACAAAACUAUAAACCUACUGGUGUAUGAUAUUGGAAGCACUCAUACUGAAGUUGGUAUUUAUAAAUUUUCUCCCCCAGUUGCGCAGCCUGGAAAGAAAAUUAGAAAUGCCGACAGUUUUGGUACUUUAACGACAAUGGCUGUGGUGGACGAUACAAUGUUGGGUGGUAGGGCAUUUGAUUUAUGUAUUGCCAAGAUGCUUGAAGUUGAGGCGAUGAACAAAAUGAAGAUUCCCAAAGUUAUUGGUGGAAAAUCAAUCCCAGAGCGAAAAUCGCAAUUCUCUCUCCUUCGUGCAGCAAAAAAAGCUCGAGAGAUACUCUCUGCAAACAGCAAGACCCCAGUUACUGUUGAAGGUAUAGUUCCGGACAGAAAUUUUAAUACACAAAUAUCGAGAAAGGAUCUGGAGGUGAAAUGUGCUUAUUUAUUUGAACGAGUUCCUAAAGUCGUGGAAGAAGCUUUGUCUAAGUCUGGAUUGUCUUUGAAAGAGAUUGAUGCGUUUGAGAUGAUGGGUGGUACCUCUCGGACUCCAAAAAUUAUAUCCGAUCUUUCGGCCAUGUUGGGUCGAGAAGUGGAUCGAACAUUGAAUUCGGAUGAAGCAGCUGCUCUAGGUGCUGCCUAUUAUGCUCUCCGGUUAUCCUCCUUUUAUCGUGUUCGGUCUUUUCGAGUAGAGGAGCAUAUACCAUUUGUUUUCUCCUUUUGCGUCACACCUUUUCUGAAAACUUCUUCCCCAUCACCGCGCUUGCUUGUUGAAAAUCCAGCUUUGGGUAUGCGGCGAAGUAUAACUCUUAAUAGAACGGAAGAUUUUGCAAUUGAGCUUUUUGAGUCCAACACUAUCGUUGGGAAGAUUACUGUAAUCGGUGUGAAAGCGGCACUGGAACAAUUGGGAUAUUUCACACCAACUAUUCUACAUCCUAACAAUACCCAUGUUGUUCGGGUUCAAUUGCGUCUGAAUGAUUCUGGUCUUUUUGAGGUUGAGGAGGCAGAUGCCAUUUACCGCUAUGCUGCAAAUGUCUCUAGAAAAAUUAAGAUAAAUGCAACGUCAAAUGAUACAGAUAACACAAACACUUCAUACCAAAAAGUAUACAGUAUUAUUAUGAAGCGAAAAUCAUUGCCCAUUUCAACAGCUGUGAGUUUUACAAACCCUUCACCGUUAUCGCUGGAGGCUUUCCAGCAUUCAAGGGAAAAGAUAAGCCUGAUACUUGAAAAGGAACAAAUGAAACAUGAAGCGGCCGUAGCGAAAAAUAAUUUGGAGGCCUAUGUUUUUUGGGCUAAAAGUGAGGGUAUUUUGGGAAACUCAACUGCGUUAGGUCUGCUGAGUGCGGAGGAAGCUGAAGUGUUGAGGGCGAAGUUGUCUGAGGUGCAGGAAUGGAUUGAGGAUGGAAUCUGUAGUUAUGAGGCCUGCAGUAAAGACGAAUUUGAAAAAAAACUGCAAGAAAUUAAACAACUUGUGGCCCAGAAACGGCAGUCCUCCGCCGAAGCUGAGCCUUUGAAGGAAGCUACUGGCGAUGAUCGAGGCGACCUUUAA